AUGGCGCAGAGUGGCGGCGGCAGCGGCAGCAGCGGAAGCAGCAGCGGCCGCAGUGGCAGCGGCAGCGGCGGGGGCAGCAGCAGCAGCAGCAGCAGCAGCAGCGACGACGAGGACCAGGAGAGGGCCAGCGGCAAAGGUGUGGCCGUAGCGGGCUUGAGUACCGUGGAGAUAAAGGCUCUGGUCGAGCAAAAGCGGAAGCGGGUAGAGAGGAUGAAGAUGGAGAGGAGGGCAGAGAAGAAGAAGGCAAAGGCGGCUGCCAAGGCGAAGAAGGCGAGGGCGAAGCGGGAGAAGAGGGAGAGGAAGGAGAGGCGGCGGGAGAAGAAGCGGGUGAAGCGCAAGGGCGCCGAGCGCAAGGAGGCCGAGCGCAAGGAGGCCGAGCGCAAAGAGGCAAAGAAGGCCAAGCGCCGCGAGAAGGCUGCGGUGCGCGAGGCUUCCGUCGAGGCGGCGCAGGAGCAGCAGCGGGCGCAGGGGCGGCAGCAGGCGCAGGAGCAGCAGCGGGCGCAGGAGCGGCAGCAGCAGCCGCACGGCGCGCGGGUCAUCGUGGGGCGGCUGCAGGGGAAGGACGCGACGCCCGUCGAGCCGGCGCCGCCAGGGUACUGCGACGUGCGCGUGGACCGCGGCACGGCGCUGGGGAACCCGUUCCCGAUGGGCCGCGACGGGCGCGACGAGAGCUUCCGCGGCCCUGUGCACGACGAGAGCUUCCGCGGCCCUGUGUGCGCCGCCUUCGAGGCGCUGCUACGGGAGGGCGCCACUACGUCGAUGUCGACGACCGGUACCGCCGGCCAAACGCCGCAGCCGAGCGGGGCGCGCUGCCCGUAG